GAUUGCGGUGAUGGUUGGAGUUCUGGUGCGGGCAACAUGGGAUGAUGACGUGGAGCUCGCUGAUUGGGUGAUCUCGGUGGGCAAUCCUGUGGGGUUGCCUGGCAGCAUCAGUCUCGGCAUUGUCAGCAGCCUGCACCGCACUGGCGCUCAGGUGGGAGUGCCGCACUCCACCCUCCAUUUCUUCCAGACCGACUGUGCCAUCAACCCUGGCAGCUCUGGGAGUCCUCUUGUGAACGAAUUCGGAGAGGUGAUUGGCAUCACAACAGCCAUUCGGUCGGAUGCUGAAGGGGUAGCCUUCGCCAUUCCCAUUAACCAUGCCAUUCGGGAGCUCAGGUUGCUUGGUUUUCAAUUAUAGCCAAGAAACACAGGCACCGUUUCCAGCAAUUAAUUUGGGAAUUGUGUGAGGUUGAUGUCUCAGGGAAUUGUCUUCAGUACGAAUUCCGUUUCAUCCAUCUCGCAGUGCAAGCCGAAGUACAGCAAGACAUCAG